AUGGCUUCAUUUCGGACCGGGUUCAAAAUUAUUGGUGACUUUUCUUUGAAGAAGGGGCUUGGUCGAAUUCGUAGUUUUAGCGAGGAUAGAAAAGUAGGACGAUGGUUACCGGAGGAUCAAUGGGCUGUGAGACAACCGGGAUCCACGUGUCCCGAUCCAUGCGAAAAAUCAAAAAAACCCCCCAAGCCAUCAAAGUCUUGGCUUUCUGUCUGUAAAGACCCUGAAGUACCGUUGGAAUGUGAUAUACGUCACAAUAAUUGUCCGCCACCGCCCGUCAAACCUGAUGGACCAUGGUAUAGUUUAGAUAAUUUACUGCCGAAAAAAAAGCCAUCGGAAAAAACUCCACCCCCAGAAAGCUGUAGAGAAAAAUUAAAACAACGGGAGUUAUGUCCAGAAGAGGAAGAGGUCUGUGAAAAUAUUGUAGAUAAAACUAUUCGAAUAGAUAUACCGCCGAAACCCUCGGAUUGUCGUGGCGCAAACAAAGAACCAUGCCCUGCUCCAGUCAUAACAUUGUCAUGCCCCCCACCAAAAGAGUUGAACUUAACGUUAUGGUGUAGUGACCCUAUUUAUAUUAGAGACAGAAUCCCUCAAACAUGUCAGAGUGAUAAAUUGCCUUAUGAGGAAUUCAGACCGAAAAAAACUUGGAAACCUGCUCCGUUUUCUUUGUCUAAUAAAAUUGAGCAAUCUCAAUGGCCCUCUUCGUGUUCCACUAGUCCGGUAGCUUAUUCCGAAUUUAAACAAGUGGAAAUACCUAGGCCUUUAUAUACUCGUUAUAAAUCCGUGGAAUUACAUAAUUCUAAUUUUUUAAUGACAAUGAUCGAUGCUAAAUGCCCUGAAACCGAUAAUUAUUCACAACCCAAAACGGAAACAAAACCCUGCGUCGAACGUUGUCCGCCUCCCCCACCUUAUAUAGAAUCAGUUAAAGAACCUCCGAAAAGCAAAUGUCCCCCUGAAAAACCCUUUAUAGUUGCCGGAUCUUGUAAACCCGUUAAACUUAAAAAAACAACAAAAUAUACAUUUCGGCCUAAGCCAUCAAACAUAAUUGAAAAAUGCAUUCGUUUAAAUCCUUUCUCUUCUUGCAAAUGUGAUGAUAAUUUACAAUUUAGGGAGGAGGUAAAGAAAGAAGAAAGUAAACCUAGUCCGGCAAAAUCCAAAUCUCGCGAUCCUCCAAAAGUUAUAACGGGAACCCUGACGGAUGAACCUCAAAGUUUUCAAGGUAGCGUUUUCCAUUCUCACGAUCCUCCACGAUGGAUGUACAACCUAUGCAAACCAGGAAUAAAACAAACACCAUUGGUUCCGCCGUGCGAGACACGUCAUAAAGAACCCGACUGGUGUUCCGAAACCGAUGGGCUUAACUUUUAUGAUGACAACAAUGAAGGUUUACGUCCGAAACCUCCUCCGGAUCCAUGUAAACCUGUGAAAAAACAAAAAUUAAAACCAACAAAACCUCCAACGAAAACGGAAAAUGUCGUUUUGGAAAGCAAAGGAUCAGAAGAGAAAUUUGUUUUAAUGCCGGAAAAAUAUAAUAUUAGAAAAACGAGAAAGGAUGAUUAUUCUGCGGAUGUUUCGGAGAUACCAACUUUUGAAAAAUUUUUAGAAGUCCAAAAAGGUCCUUCAAAGCAAGGCAAUAAAUCUUAUCCACCAAUCAAAGAAAAUAUUUUAUAUGAUCUACAGAGAAUAUGUCCAAAUCCGCCAUUCAAUCCUGCAAAACAUUUGACUCCUUGCGUACAACCGCCAUCAACACCGGAAUGUCCAAAGUCUUCAGGCUCCCGAAGAAGUUAUUCAACGUUAACCCAGACAGUAUAUAGAAAUUCGUAUUACCCUCAGUUUUACAAAAUUCAACAUCGUACAGAUUGUGGCGACAGCAGCGAAAAAUGUAAAAUUAAAUCAUUGCAACCGAAAAGAGAAUGUCCGGAAAAGAAAAAGCUUACGGAUUGUACGGAAAUAACAUUACCCUGCUGUCCUAAAGCUAGAGUACCACCAAAUUGUCAAUUUCCAAGACCUAUGCCACCAUGUAAAAAAAAAUUAGCACCCAAACCGGCUUUUUCCGAAUGUUCGAAAAAUCCACCGCCUUGUCCGAAAAUAACAGAAUGCAAUUGUUGGGAUAUCAAAACUAAAAAGAAAAAAUAA